GCAUUAUCGGCUAGUACGUUACAGAGUAAGUAUCGUCGUCGACCGGACUUUCGUUGUCCCGGCGUCUAAAAAUGCGGUUCUUCAGCUCAUUUUGCCUUUUAUUGGCGGUCACAAUCGCCACUGCGGAAAUCUACUUUGAGGAGAAAUUCCUCGACGAUUCCUGGGAGAAGAAUUGGGUCUACUCUGAACAUCCAGGAAAAGAAUUUGGAAAAUUUGUUUUAAGUCAUGGAAAAUUCUGGAAUGAGCCAGAAAAUGACAAAGGUAUCCAAACAUCACAAGAUGCCAGAUUCUAUGCUUUGAGCAGGAAGUUUAAACCGUUCAACAAUAAAGACAAAACACUUGUUAUCCAAUUUACUGUUAAGCAUGAACAAAAUAUUGAUUGUGGCGGUGGAUAUGUAAAAGUAUUUGACUGCUCAUUGGAUCAAAAAGACAUGCAUGGUGACAGUCCAUAUCAGAUUAUGUUUGGACCUGAUAUUUGUGGACCUGGUACAAAGAAAGUUCACGUGAUCUUCAGCUACAAGGGCAAAAACCUUUUGAUUAACAAGGAUAUUCGCUGCAAAGAUGACAUAUAUACUCACUUGUACAGCUUAAUUGUUAAGCCUGACAAUACAUACAAAGUUCUAAUUGAUAACGAAGAAGUAGAGUCUGGCGAAUUGGAAGCUGACUGGGACUUUCUUCCACCAAAGAAGAUCAAGGAUCCAUCCCAGAGCAAACCUGAAGAUUGGGAUGAUAAGGCCACUAUCCCUGAUCCAGAUGACCAGAAACCAGAAGAUUGGGACAAACCAGAGCAUAUUCCCGAUCCCGAAGCCACCAAACCCGAAGAUUGGGACGAUGAAAUGGACGGAGAAUGGGAAGCUCCAAUGAUCGAUAAUCCUGAAUAUAAGGGUGAAUGGAAACCGAAACAAAUUGACAAUCCAAACUAUAAAGGGCCCUGGAUUCACCCAGAGAUCGAUAAUCCCGAAUACACAUCUGAUCCAGAAUUGUACAAGAGGGACGAAAUCUGCGCUCUCGGUUUUGACCUCUGGCAAGUGAAAUCUGGAACAAUUUUCGAUAAUGUACUGAUCACUGAUGACCUCGAAGUCGCUCGUAAAUUUGGCGAAGAAGUUUGGAAGCCUACUUUGGAAGGUGAGAAAAAGACGAAGGAGGCUCAAGAUGAAGAGGAAAGAAAACAGAGACAAAAGGAGAGCAAAGAAAAUGAAGAUAACAAGGACGAUGACGAGGAUGAAGAUGCGGAUGAGGAGGACAACAGUGUCCCUGAUGCUGAAGAACACGACGAAUUGUAAAUAAUGUGUUGUGAUCGACACGAACACAGACUAAUAUUCCAGGAGCUGUGUGGCCGCGACACGCACUAACUUUCCACAAAAAACACGUAAAAAUCGUAGCAACAAGAAAAAGAGAAACUAACCAUUGCCACAAAACAAACAGAUCCUUUCUGACCAAAUGAAAGUCUACGGGAAAAGAAACAAAUAGUUAUUGAAUUCGUGGAAUUUCAAGAUCUGAGUCUCCAAUAAGAGUUCUUUCAUUUUUCUCUACUAGAAAUUUUCACCUUCAUAACUUGAAUUUUCUAACCUAGUCUUCAGUCGUUCAAUCGUGUUCCGUGAAAUUCAUCGGUGUGUGAGGUUAUUGCUCUGAGUGUCAAAGGAAAGAAAUCAAAGUGCUCAUUACGUGCUACCACGAUGUAAUUGCAUACAUAUAGGAUGUAUAUAUAUAUAUAUAUAUGU